AUGCGCUCGAUAUUUGUGGUUCUUCUCUUGGCUGCUGUGGUUCAAACGCAGUUUGAGCUGUCAACUGCUACUCGAACCACUACAAGACGACCAUCUUCAUCGUGGAUUCGGCCAAAAGUGACGAGGGUUCAGGAGUGGGCGGGGUGGAGGAGAAGAGGAUCAACUACUAUAAACAAUAGUUCAGAAAGAAUUAGGUCAACUACAGUAUCACCGAGAGACCGUAGUUUUAUAGAUAGAGUAAGAGAUAAGAUUAGAGGAGGAACUACUAGAACACCCACAUCUGAUUCAUCCGAUUCCAGUUUUCUAGAUAGAAUAAAAACGAAGUUCAGAGGAUCUUCAACCGCUACAAUUUCACCAAAUGAUGCUCCUGACUUGAGUUUUUUGAAUAGAAUGAAAUCUAAACUCAGAAUUCACUCAGAAAGCACAACAGUGUCAUCAAGAGAUUCACAGGAUCCUAGCUUCUCGGAUAGAAUCGGAAAUAAGUUCAGCGGAGGAUCCUCUAGUAGUACUGUAGCGCCUUCCAAAGAACCGAGUUCUAGUUUUCUAGAUAAAAUAAAAUCAAAAUUAGGUGGAAUGGCUGUAAUCCCUGUUCCAAUCCCUAUACCCUCCACAUCCAUUUCACAUGAUUCUUCUGAUCCAAGUUUUUUGGAUAAAAUAAAAUCAAAAUUAGGGAUAGGAGGACAUCAGAAUGUUCAGUUUCAAGCCUCCACUACACUUCCCACGUUGAUAGAAACCACAACUUUCACUACUAUUACAAUGUCUUCUCACACUUUGACCCCUCCCUCUGAACCCUCUGAAACUACCGUACCACCUUCUGAACCUGGAUUUUUCGGAAAAGCAUUUACGAAAAUAAAAUCAAUGCUAAACAUCGGUUCAACUGAUCCAGCAAAACCUAAUCUCGUCAUUAAAUACGGAAAGAAAGCAGUUGAAAAACUUGCUCCUAAAAUUUUGGAGAAAAUUAAAAAGAAUUUCCAUGGAAUGUCGAGGAGUUUCUUUUCGACAGACGAAGAAUUUCCGACUCAACUUCAAAACUUUGAAGGUCGAACACAAACCGAAAUUAGAACAUUAAAAGAAAAAGUGGAAAAAUUAGAGAAACUAAUUGAAGGACUUCAGAGUAUUCUUAUGAAAGAAUGGAAUCAAACCGAAAGUGGAUCGAAAUAUCGUUUAUUUGAAGAGAGAAAGAAUUGGGAUAAUGCUGAGAAACACUGUCAAGGAUUCGGAGCUCAUUUGGCAAUUAUUGAUAAUGAAGCAAAGAACACUUUUGUGACAAAUCUAAUCAAUUCAAGUGAGACUUCUGACUUUGCAUGGAUUGGAAUGAAAACCAAAACAACAACUCAAACGUCAACUCCUUUCACAAACUUUGAUUCUGAAUCUCCAAUCGAUGGAUGUGCUGUAAUGGAUUCAAAAGGUGUUUGGGCUAUUCGAUCAUGUAUUCAACUUCGUCCAUUCGUGUGUCAAAUUAUAAGAAACGAUAUAGAGACUCGGAAAGUAACGCAAAAACCCAAACCACCACCGCCGCCUCCACCUUCACCAAAAAAAGAUAAAUCAUGGGUUCGAUCAAAAAUUGAUUCCGCAAAAGAGAAAUAUGAAGCUGGAAAACAGAAAAUAAAAUCAAAGUUUUCAUUCGGGUCGAAGUCGGAUGAUAUCAAACCGAAAGAAACAUUCGCCCAAAAAACUACGUCACGGAAACCAGAUCUACAUCUGAAAACAACGAAAAAGUAUGGAUGGAAUUCGAAUAUUCAAGCAGUUGAUGCAGUUCCGAACAAUUUUCACCACGAAAAAACCUCUUUCACCACGAAAAAACCACUGCUAACCACGAAAAAGUAUGGAUGGAAUUCGAAUGUUCAAGCAAAUGAUGCAGUUCCGAAGAACAUGUUCACCACGAAAAAACCACUAUUCGAUAGAGUCAAAGAAAAAGUAAAAGGUUCCGAGAAAUAUGUUGGGAAAGCUGUUGGAUGGGCGAAGAAAGAUUUGGGAAUUGGAAUUGAAGGACCUAAAAAACCAUCGAAAAUUCUGACAUAUGGAAAGAAAGCAGCUGAAUACGUGUUCAAAAAGAAAUCGAGAAAAACUGCGACAGCUGCAUAUUCGACAAGAACUUCCAAUUCGAAUGGUUAUUCUAGAGACUUUGGAAAUUCUAGAUCAUAUUCUGGAGGAGGGAAUUCAGAGGUUUCAUCAGAUCUCCACCAGAAAGUGGAAUAUUUGAAACAUCGUUUGGAAAUCAUGCAAAAUACAAUACAAGGAACAUGGAAUACAAGUGAAGCUGGAACGAAAUACAAGCUAUUCGAAGAGAAAAAAACAUGGAACGAUGCUCAGUUGCAUUGUGAAGAGUUGGGAAGUAAUCUCGCAUAUUUGGACAGCGAAUCAAAGAAUAACUUCGCGAAACUUCUGUUGCAUUCUCAAAAUAUCACAAUGGUUUGGUUUGGACUUAGAACAGAAAUUGGAACUGAAUCAGUAUCCCCAUCUCAAGAUCAAUUCUCAAAUUUCUCACAUCUGGAUGGUUGUGGAGUUGUUGAUAGCAAUGGGACAUGGAGCAUUUCAUCAUGUUCCAUGGAACUCCCGUAUCUUUGUCAAGCUUUUCGUUUCGAUGUUUUGGUCGAGAUACCAUGA